UAUAAAGGGGUUCGGCAAUAAAUCGAGGGAAGCAUAUAAAGGAAUGAUGAAGAAAAUGAGGAAAAAGGGACAUUGAAAUACGUUGGCGGAAAACGAGGUGAAAAAUGAAACAAGUGACAUGCUAAAUGUACCUAUUCAGUCACGUUUGAUCUGUUUUAAUUUUCAAACGAAAAUGUUUAGUAUGACUGACCACGUGUGCAUAUACGAAUAUCUAUAUAAGUUAUAGCGAGACGUCAGAUGUUGUGUAAGUUCGUCUGAUAAGAAACCAAAAGUUCAGAGAAGUGGUCUUAUCCACUUACUAAUACAGACAAGGUCACGACAUCAUUGUAUCCCAACAAAGGCAUUGGAAACCGUAGCAAUGUGUCGGUUGGUCGUUUUAUUGGUGGGACUAUUGACAUUCGUCAGUGGACAUCCUCCACCCGACCAUGAUACCGGAUGUGACGUAGUAGUCCUCCGCCUGGAAAAGAUGCUGACUGACCUUACAAGUCGCGUAAAUGACCUUGAGAAACAAAGAGAAUUGGACGUCAUGGAGGUAGCAAAUGUUCGGCAAGAUAUGGAGAAGGUCAAAACCGAGAAUCGUCAACUUAAAACUGAACUUGAUCACAUGGUUACUACGAAGUGUGAUAGACAGCCCCAGAACCCGGACAGGAGAGUAGACAUACAACAACACAACUCUGACUCCAACAACUCACAGUCACCAACCUUUGACUCGAAAAUGGACACGGUACCAAGUAACAAUGAUACGACUAUAGACUCGCAGGCAACAAAGGGGGAGGAGAAUACCGUUAGGGAGGGAACUGUGCAUAUUGACGACACCAGUAGGAGCAAACAAUAUGGCCGAAUCAGAAGAGAUGACCUUCAGCGCCCUAAAAGUCUAUCCCGCAAUCUGACAAGCCGUGUCGUGCCAAGUGAAACUGUGGCCUUCUUUACAACUUUAAGCCAUACGCUGACCGACGUCGCUAAGGAACAGAUUAUUCAGUUUGAAAAUGUUGUUACCAACAAUGGCGGCCACUACAACGAACAAUCCGGUUUUUUUACAUGUGGUACACAGGGAACCUAUGUUUUUACUUGGACUGUAUUUUCAUUAUACGGCCAUACGAUUUAUAGCGAACUGGUCAAAAACGGCAACGCUUUUGCUUACGCCCGAGCAGGUGACGGAGACUAUAAUGCUAUGUCAAGCAGCACGGCUGUGGUAAACCUGAGUCCUGGCGACAUGGUGUGGACGAGAAUACAAUCUCGGUCACAGGGUACCACGAUCUUGCCAAACCUUACAAUGUUUGGUGGCUUCAAAAUAUGACAGUAUAUGCGUCACGCGUAUUGUGUGAAAUAGUUGGGUUUUUUUUGUUGAAUCCACACCUCACCUUUAAAAAUAAAUAUGUGUAUUUCA